AUGGCUCGUAACAAUAAACAGCAGAAUUCUAAAUCCAAGAAGAAUAAUAAUAACAACAACAAGAACAACAAGAACAACAAGAAGAAGAAUAAUAAACAACAUCAUCAAAAAAGAAAUGAUGAUGAAGGAGGUGAACUCUCUAUAUAUGAUUCCAAAAUUAGAGAAUUCGAAGAUGGGAUAUUAGAUGCGAGAAAAUAUUUACAAUCUGAUGAUAUUAAAGUUGAUUUGGAUGAAGAAAUUGAUUCUGAUGAUGUAUUAGGUUCUGAUGAUGAUUAUGAUAUUUUGAAUUCCAAAUUUUCACAAACUAUUAGAGAUAAGGCUAGAAAGAAAAAACUGGGUAAAAAUUUUAGUAAAAAUGAAAAUGAAGAUGAAGAUGAAGAUGAAGGAUAUAGUAGUAUAGAUGAAGGACAAUUGGUUACUUUAUCGGAAGCUUGGGAUAUGGAUGAUCGUGAUUUAGAUGAGACUUUGGGGAAGAAAUCUAAAAAUGAUAUUGUUUUAAAUGAUACAUGGGAAACUGAAUCUAGUGAAGAUGAAAUGGAAGAAGACAAUGAUGAUGAUAGUGAUAAUUCCUCAGAAGAAUCUAGUUUGGAAGAAGAAGAAGAAGAAUCAACUGAUGAUGAAGAAGAAAUAUUUGGAAAUCAUGAUAAUGAUGAAGAAGUUGAUUUAUUGAAAACCGUCAAUAAAUUACAAUCAAAAAUUGCUUCCAAACAACCCAAAGAACGUAAAAAAUUGAUUAUUGAAACUAGACAAGAAAAUGAAUAUAAUUUACCUACUGGAGGUAAUCAAUUAUCAUUACAAGAUAUGAUGGCUGAUAUUAAUGAAGAUGAGAAUAAUAAAGCCAUUUUACUUGAUAAAGAAUCCAAAGCUAUUGCUAUUCCAUUACCUAAACGUAUUCAACAAAGAAAUGAUCGUGCUGCCGCUUAUGAAUUAUCGAAAAAAGAAAUAAGUAAAUGGACAGAUUCUGUUCAAGCUUUAAGACAAGCAGAAGUAUUGAAAUUCCCAAUGAUUAAUCAACAACAAGAAGAUACCAUUCAAGAUUCAGCACUUACUUUCAGAUCUGAUAAUGAGCCAAUUACUGAACUUGAAAAAAAAAUCAAUAAUGUGUUGACAGAAUCUUCACUUGUUGAUGAUAAAAAAGAAGCAAAAUUUGAAGAAAUUGCUAUUGCUCAAAUGACUCCUGAAGAAAUGAAGAAAAGAACUAAUGAAUUAAGAUUAAUGCGUGAAUUAAUGUUUCGAGAUGAAAAAAGAGCGAAAAGAAUUAAGAAAAUUAAAUCUAAACAAUAUCAUAAAAUUCAAAAACGUGAACGAUUGAAAACUCAAGAAAUGGUUGAAAAUGAUGAAUUUAAUAUAGAUGAAGAUCAUGAUAGUAAACGAGCCAUUGAAAGAAUGAGUUUAAAACAUAAGACUCAAUCACAAUGGGCCAAAUCAAUGAUAAAAAGUGGAUUAUCAAAAGAUUCAUCAAAUAGGGUUGAAUUAGAAGAAAUGUUGAGACAAGGUGAAAAAUUACGUAUUAAACAAAUGGGAUUUGAAGAUGGAGAUCAAAGUGAUGAAGAUAUUGAUGAUAUUAUUAAUGAAUAUAAUCAAGAUGAUAUAAAUCAUGAAAAUAAAUUGAAAAAUAAAUUAGGUAAAGGAGUUAUGAAUAUGGAUUUUAUGAAAAAAGCUGAAGCUCGGAAAAGAGAAGAAAAUUUGAAAGAAUUAGAAAUGUUGAAAAAAUUACAAAAUGGAGAAGAAGGUGAUUUGGAAAUUUUCAAAGAAGAUAAUGGUGCAGUUAAUAUCAUUAAGAAUCAAGGAAGAAGAAUCUAUACUCCAACAGCAGCAGCAACAGCAGCAGCAGCAACAGCAGCAUCAUCAUCCCAGAUAAAUGACAAUAUUAACGAGCAAGUAUUAGCAGAUGUUGAAAAUGACAAUGCCAAAUCGUUGAAUAAGAGACUUGCCAAAAAAUAUCAGGUCAUUGAUAAUCAAGAAACAAAUGCUUCAACAUCAACAUCAACAUCAACAUCAACUCAACCAGAGGUUUUACCAGUGGAUGAAUCCAACCCAUGGUUGUCAGCUAAUACUAGUAUUGAUAAUGACAUUAUGAAAAAGAAUAAUUCUACCAAAAUAACUACUAUUGAUAAAGAAUCUUCAAAAUUAGCUAAAGCAGCGGCUAAAUUAGUCAAAUCAAAAUUGAAAAAACACAAGUCUAAUGAUGAAAAUACAUUGAUAGAUGUCAAUGAGACAUUAGCUAUUAAUGACAUUUAUCAAGAUAAUGGUUCUGAAAAUGAAAAUGAAGGUGAAUCAAUUCCAACAAUGUUUAAACAAAAAGAUUUGAUUAAACAAGCAUUUGCUGGAGAUGAUGUUAUUAGUGAAUUUACCAAUGAAAAAAAACGUGUUAUUGAAGAAGAAGAUGAUAAAGAAGAAGAUUUAACAUUACCUGGAUGGGGGGAUUGGACUGGAGGUGAUGAUUUAAUAAAAUUUAAAAAAAAAAAAUUUAUCCAUAAAAUUGAUGGAAUAAUGAAAAAAAAUCAUCGUAAAGAUAAAAAUUUGAAAAAUGUAAUUAUAAAUGAAAAAGUUAAUAAAAAAAAUUUAAAAUAUCAAAGUAGUCAAAUUCCAUAUCCAUUUGAAACUAGAGAACAAUAUGAAAGAUCUUUAAGAAUGCCAAUUGGUCAAGAAUGGACAUCAAAAGAAACUCAUCAAAAAUUGACUAUGCCAAGAAUUAUUGUCAAACAAGGUACAGUUAUUGAUCCAUUAAAAGCUCCUUUCAAAUAA